CGCACUCGCACACGCACAUGCACGCGCAUUUACUCUUGUUCCGCACCGUUUUUAACAGUACAUCCGUCGACACUACGCGCUGAGGCCUAAGUUAUGCCAGGGCAAUGUGCAACGCGUUUGGUUCAAUAACACUCCGCCGCCGAGCAUAAUACAAUAGUGUUACGUGUGGUGGUGCGGAUACUCUGAGAACUUUUUGCGUUCCGUCCAAUUUUCCGUCGCCCGCGCAACAGGACAAUAAGCUUCACAAUACAAUUUACGACUGGGCUCCCUACACCUUGUCCAGUAUUAUUAUAUUUCAAUGUAAUCCGAUGGCGUUAUUGACUUUAAACUUCUAAGCACCGAUCAUCGGCAGUGAGCCAAUCAUCUCCUUCAUCGGUUACGUACACUGCUACUAGCCUCUUGGGCUACUGUGGUUACGACCACGGCUAUGACUUUAACGGUUUUAACAACUAAACGCCCUCGUACUGUUGCUUCUAUCGAUCGCUGUCUGCGACAAUGUCGAUCUCAACAACUAUGACUGAUGUUCCGAUGCAGCCUCUCAGGCUGCUCCUGCAGUAAUGGCUAUUGACAUAUUCCAGUUCAUCUUCAAGAUAAUGAUUGCUAUUACUGUUGUCCUAGCAGUAAUUCUGUUGGCUAUGACUACAACAGCAGCUGUACUACCAGGCAAAUUGGUUUCAACAGCUGAACUAGGACCAACUGGACAGCAGGUAAAACGAGUGAGUACUUCCGGAUCUUCGUCCGUUGAACUGUACAAUGCCAUGAUACUGGCCGAACAAGAAAUAGAAAACAAUGGUGACGAUGAUGACGAAGUAGACCACGGCAAUGAGGGUGCAUCGCUCCUGUCGCCGAUGAUGGGGGGCACUGAAAGCGGCCGACGUCAACACUUGGGGACUUCGCAGCUGCAGUGUUCGUUUUGUACGGGUGUGUUGCCUGCGUGGCACGAACAGCGUGACGCCGAUGAUGACGAACAAUCGUAUUGCUUUCCCGACGGUGCACCGACACUGCAACGAGACAGUGACAAGGGUACCGACGGAGAUGUAGAACAAAACGUAUGCUCCGGAGCAAUGCGCUGCUGGAAAGCGAAAGUACGUGAGCGUGAUGGUCGAAUACGUAUUAGUCGUGGCUGUGUCGGUAGUGAUGGCAGUGACAGACAUUCGGCUCACCAUCUACUCCAUCCAUGCAUGGGUGCUGUUCCUGUUGUCGGUGGAAUUAACGAAACGGCCACCAAAAAUAACGAUAAUGUACAACAACCGCCGUAUACGGUAUGGACGUCAUCGCACACUUAUUCCUCAGCAGCUGCCGAUGAAGAGCAAUCCCAGCCACCUCCCAGUUACGCGAUCGAAUGUUGUGCCGGCCGCAAUCGCUGCAACGACGGGCCUUUCCCGUCACUGCCGUUAUUGCCUGGUGGUGGUUUAUUAGGCAACGACUCGUUGCUGCUUUCCUGGUGGCAUUGGUCGUCCAUCUCGAUGGUGGCAUUACUGUUUGUGGUCAUCAUCAUGGCCAUAGUUACGGUGGUGGUCGUCGUGUUAUUCAGAAAUGACAGUAAAAAGAACAGGAGAAAGCAUAGGAACAGCAGUGGACGCCGGAGGGGCAAGAGGAGAAAAAACCAUAAUCACGACGAAGACGGCGGUCAUAGCGAUGACAGUGAUAAAAAAAGACAUAAACAUUUGUCGUGUUCGUCAAGGUCGUCGUCGUCGUCGUCAUUAUCGUCGAUGAUAUCGUCAUCGUCUUGCUGCAAAGGAAAACCCAGCAAGAUGCGUAGAAAACGUCCCGCGACCGCUUUGACCAUGGUCGAUCUGCUCAAAGGUGUCGUGGUGGCCAACGACGAGACCGUCGACGGAGACGAUACGUUUGGUAGUAAUAGUCGCCGACCUCCGUACCCGACGAAUUACUCACCAACUGCCUUUAUCGAGUCCACUGUUGACGAAGACUUUUUGCCGCCACCGUAUCAACGACAGAACGGCCGUCGUCAAAAAGAUAACGAGCAAGAAGACUGGACCAGCGGAAGCGGGUACGGCAUGCCCGUAUUGGUUCAACGUACUCUGGCCAAGCAGAUACAACUCCGGCAACUGGUUGGUAAGGGUCGAUACGGCGAGGUGUGGCGUGCUACGUAUUGGAAUGGCGGUCACGAGCAUGUGGCCGUUAAGAUUUUCUUGUCUAAGGACGAACCGUCAUGGAAACGUGAAACGGAAAUCUACAGCACCGUCCUAAUGAGACAUGACAACAUAUUAGGCUUCAUUGGUUCCGAUAUAAUGACUUCGAGGAACUCGUACACCACGCAAUUAUUGCUCAUCACUCAUUACCACCAGUACGGAUCCUUAUACGAUUUCCUGCAGACACCUGGAGCUGCAGAAACUACUUGCAUUGGCUACGAAGUCGGCGCCAGUGACGUGACGGGGGGGCGAUCCCAGCAAAUCGAUUGCGGUAGACCACCACUCACAAUGAUUCAAAUGUUAAACGUGCUGUACACGGUUGCCAGCGGGCUGUGUCAUUUACACACCGAGAUCCACGGCACACAGGGUAAACCGGGUAUCGCGCAUCGUGACGUAAAGAGCAAAAACGUGCUUGUUAAAUGCGCGCGAACGGGUGCGUGUUGUGUGGCCGAUUUUGGAAUGGCGGUCACCAGUCGAGACGCCACACUUCCUAUUCAAACGACCACCGCCGUAGGUAACAAUCAGAAUACAAGAGUGGGAACCAAGCGGUACAUGGCGCCAGAAGUGUUAGACGACAGCAUAACGUCUGCAGCUUCAUUGGCAUUGGCAUCGGCGUCCUCAAUGACAUCUACGUCGUCUUCGGCGUACUGGUGCUUUGAUGCAUACCGCCGUGGUGACGUUUAUUCCUACGCACUCGUCAUGUGGGAAGUGCUGUCCAGAACGCUCAUUUCUACUGGUAAUGACGCCGAAAGUAGUUCACACUGUCAACAAAAUAAUGAAGAAUCGGAGAAGAAACUUGCUGCACCUUCUAACGAUUACGAUCCGUUUGUGUAUCGCGCCCCAUAUCAAGAUCGCGGAGUAGGCUGGGAUCCUGGAUUUGAUGAUAUGCGUCGUAUUGUGUGCUCUGAUGAUCCCGUGAUGAGCCGUCCUGGCAUAGCCAAUGAGUGGUUGGCCGACCCGAUCAUGAACGCUGUAGUGGUGACAAUGCGCGAAUGCUGGCACGGCAAUCCUAACGCUCGACUUCCGGCUCUACGUGUUAAAAAAACGCUAGCAAAACUUAUGAAUCAAUGUACUACCGCCGACGAGACGGAACAGAAGCUCCAGUUUGAACCGGAACACAGAGGGACGACAACGGAGCAACUGUGAUACGGCCACGCGUACAAUGGUUAUUAAAUGUACAAUAGAAUGUACGUCCACAAAAUAGACGAUAAUGAAGAUUUAACUUUAUAUAUAUAGAAAUAUUUUUUUGUAUUUCUUUGUUCGGUGACUAUUUUAUUGUUUUUACAAUGCUGUCGUUCCGUUCAUAAAUCAUAACACUCGUUAUACAUGUAAUUUAUUUUUUUGUAACUA